GUUUAGUGCAGCCAGCUGAUCUGAGGAUAGUUCUGGUGGGGAAGACUGGAGCAGGGAAGAGUGCAACAGGAAACACCAUCCUGGGGAGAAAGGUGUUUCAUUCUAAGUUAAGUCCAAAUCCAGUGACUGAAAAGUGUGAGAAACAAAGUGUAGUGGUGGAUGGGAGGAAGAUUGAUGUCAUCGACACUCCUGGGAUCAGUGACAUAUCAUUGACAGACACAUAUUUCAUUAAGAAAAUAUGGAAACAAUUUUGGAGAACAGAUAAAGUAGAAAUAGAGAAAUGCAUUGAGAUGUCAGUCCCAGGACCCCAUGUGUUCCUGCUGGUGAUCAGACUGGAUAGAUACACAGAGGAGCAAAGAAAAGCAGGGGAGUACAUCCAGGACAACUAUGGAAAAAGGGCCUCAGACUACACUAUGGUAUUAUUCACUGGUGCAGAUCAGCUGGAUAACACAACAGUAGAGGAGCUUCUGAAGGAGAGUCAGGAGCUUCAGAAACUGGUCAACAGCUGUGGAAGGAGAUAUCAUGUCUUUAACAAUAAAGAGCAGAGAGACCGUACCCAGGUCAGAGAGCUGCUGAGGAAGAUAGAGGAGAUGGUGAUGUUCAACGGACACUACACCAAUGAGAUGUAUGAGAAGGCUCAGGAAGAGAUCAGGAACAGACUGUUGUUGGAGUUGGGUAAACAAGCAGCUAUAGGAGCUAUAGGAAUUGGCUGCACAACUACAGCAGUAGGACUAGUACACCUAGGAGGAUACGACGUGGAGCACACUCAACAAGAGAAGAGCCGGGAGGACGAGGGCGACAUCUGGAUCAAUGGACCCUCCACAACCGAUGUCACAGGGAAGGCCAUAAAGAUCUCAAAGGUGGACAACAAUCAGCAGGCCGAGGACGCACAAGCCACAUCAGCGCUAUGA